GUCACUAGGGGCCUAAAUAAUAAACCAUUUCUCAUUUGACAGUCAUAAAGAGAUCCUCCAAUUAGGGUUUCUGAUUUGCUGUUUCAAUGGGGAAGGGAACAGGGAGUUUCGGCAAGAGGAGGAACAAGACCCACACGCUCUGUGUGAGGUGUGGCCGUCGCAGCUUUCACCUUCAGAAGAGUCGGUGUGCUGCGUGUGCCUUCCCCGCUGCGCGCACCAGAAAGUACAACUGGAGCGUUAAGGCCAUUAGGAGAAAGACUACCGGAACCGGAAGGAUGAGGUACCUGCGUCACGUGCCUCGCAGAUUCAAGAGCGGCUUUAGAGAGGGUACCGAGGCAGCACCAAGGAAGAGGGGGGCGGCUUCCACUACCUGAGCUUUGAAAGGAAGCAAUUUUUCUGGGUUAGUGAAAUUAUAGGAGUUGAGCGUUUUGUGCUAUUUUUAAAGAACAUUUUUUGUUUCUGUCAUCUCAAUUUCAUUUAAUAUGUAAUGGAUUUUUGUUUUAUUUUUAUUCCGGCACUUGAUGGAUUUGAUAGCCCUGUGUUCACUUAAUCAAUAUUGAUAACACUUUGAGAGAUAACCCCUUAAGAAAUUUCAUGAAUUUAAUUUUAA